ACCACUACUUCCAAUGCUUUGAAAUAUGAGACAUGCCUUCAAAUCUGCACCAACUGACGACCAAGAUCGUUUCUUUAUCGAGAUCCGGCUUCAUCACAACCGCUCGCAAACUAUUCGACGAAAUGCCUCACAAAGACUCAAUCACUUGGAACGCAAUGCUUUCAAGCUACUCUCAACUGAGUCUUCACAAAGAUUCUCUCUCCCUUUUCCACCUCAUGAGGUCUGCCAACGCGAAGCCCGACCACUUCACCUUCACAUCAACUCUAAACGCUUGCUCGGGCUUCGCCUCAUUUCGAAAUGGCACAAAAACCCACGCAUUAAUCAUUGUUUUCGGGUACCAAUCUUAUUUACCUGUUAACAAUUCUCUUAUUGAUAUGUAUGGGAAAUGCUUAGAUCCCGGUAGUGCAAGAAAAGUGUUUCAAGAGAUGGAUCAAAGUCUAAGAAAUGAAGUAACUUGGUGUUCCCUUUUAUUUGCUUAUGUUAAUUCUGCUCAGUUUGAUAUUGCAUUAAAAACCUUUAAUGGCAUGCCAGAAAAGGUGUUAGUUGCUUGGAACAUUAUGAUCUCGGGUUUUGCUCGGUAUGGGGAGGUUGAAAUGUGUAUUAAUUUACUUAAAGAAAUGAGAAAAAGUGUGUUGUACUCUGAUCACUGGACUUUUAGUUCUCUAAUGAAUGUGUGUACCGAAUCAUUGGAAUAUGCAUAUGGGCGUGCAGUGCAUGGUUUUAUUAUUAGAACCGGUUGGUGCUCGGCUGUGGAAGUGAAGAAUUCAAUUUUGAGCUUUUAUGCUAAACUUGGUUGCAUGGAUGUUGCUGUAACAGAGUUUGAAUCUGUAGGGCUACUCAAUCAAGUGUCUUGGAAUGCCAUGAUUGAUGGCUAUAUAAAAAUGGGGAACACCUUUGAAGCCUUUAACGUGUUUCAACGCAUGCCGGAGAAGAAUGUGAUUUCUUGGACAAGUAUGAUUGCAGGGUAUGCAAGAAAUGGGGAAGGAGAACAGCUCAAGUUGUUUGUUCAGAUGGUGAGGAGUUGUAUAUGCCCAGAUGACUACACGUUCGGAGCUAUACUUCAUGCAUGUUCUAGUUUGGCAGUACUUGGUUUUGGUAAAAUGGUCCAUGGUUAUGUGAUUAGAUAUGGAUUUCAAGCCUAUGUCUAUGUCGGCAAUGGUCUGGUUAACAUGUGCAAAUGUGGGGAUAUCAAAGGCUCAAGCUAUGCAUUUGAUGAAAUUCUUGACAAGGAUUUGGUUUCUUGGAAUGCAAUGUUGUUUGGGUUUGGAAUGCAUGGGUUGUCUACUCAAGCAUUACAGGUCUAUGAUGAUAUGGUGGCACAUGGGAUGAGGCCAGAUAAAGUUAGCUUCAUAGGCUUGUUGAUGAUUUGUAGCCAUGCUGGCCUUGUCAAUAAAGGUCGUUUAUUUUUUGAUUUGAUGGGCACUGUUUAUGGUCUUACCUACGAGAUAGAUCAUGUAGCAUGCAUGGUGGAUAUGCUUGGCCGAGGUGGAUACUUAGUAGAGGCGAAAGAGUUGGCUAGUAAAUACUUGGAAAAUGAUACAGUUGAGGCUAAAAGCUGCUCAUAUGAAGCCUUGCUAGGAGCAUGUUCCAUUCAUGGUGAUGUCGGGAUGGGGGUUAGUGUUGGGUAUGAAUUCCAGAAUAGUAUAGACUGUAAAAAAGAUAUGAGUUAUGUGUUAUUAUCGAACUUGUAUUGUGCUAGUGGUCAGUGGAAGGAAGCUGAGAUUGUUAGGAGAGCAAUGGUGGAUCAAGGGAUAAAGAAAAUGCCUGGUUAUAGUUGGAUUGAAGUGAAAAAUAAGGUGACUGUUUUUGUUGCAGGUUGCAUUUCACACCCAUAUAGGGAAGAGUUGCAGAAGAUAUUAAACUCUCUUGAAUCAGAAAUGAGAAAUCCAUUAUAGUUUUCAU